AUGGCGACAGGGAGACACUCCGUGUGCCUCCCAACCUGGAACCCACCUGGACCUCCACCCAGCUCCGUGUCCUUAAAGAGUAACCUGUCUGCAGAUCGUCCCAUUAAUUUUAACGUCUGUGCUGCAGAGAGACUGACUGAAGUCCACAAGCAGAUGAUGAUGGAGGAAGAGGAGGACAGAGCAGAGUUUGCAGGAUCCAGCUUUACAUCUAUGAGGAGUGACCUGUCCCAAGGUCGACCUCCCGCCUUCAGUGCUAAACCUGGACUAACGAGAGGUCAGAGGUCACAGUCUGCAGGGUCCAGCUGUCCAUCUGUGAGGAGUGACGUGUCCAAAGAUGAACCUCCACACUUCAGUGGUGAACCUGGACCAACGAGUAUUCUGUUCCAGCUGCUGGAGAAGAACAUCAUCACUUUUGUGAAGAACGAGCUGAAGAAGAUCCAGAAGGUUCUGAGUCCAGAUUACCCAGAAUGCUUAGAGAGUCAGAGGAGCAGCAGCAGAAAGGCAUUUGUGAAGAUCACACUGGACUUCCUGAGGAGAAUGAAGCAGGAGGAGCUGGCUGACCGUCUGCAGAGACAACUUCAUGCUGCAGUUUGUCAUCGUAACCUUAAAUCCACCGUGAAGAAGAAGUUCCAGUGUGUGUUUGAGGGCAUCGCUAAAGCAGGAAACCCAACCCUUCUGAAUCAGAUCUACACAGAGCUCUACAUCACAGAGGGAGGCACUGCAGAGGUCAAUGAUGAACAUGAGGUCAGACAGAUUGAAACAGCAUCCAGGAAACCAGACAGACCAGAAACAACAAUCAGACAAGAAGACAUCUUUAAAGCCUCGCCUGGAAGAGAUGAACCAAUCAGAACAGUGCUGACAAAGGGAGUGGCUGGCAUUGGGAAAACAGUCUUAACACAGAAAUACAGCCUGGACUGGGCUGAAGACAAAGCUAACCAGCACAUCCAGUUCAUAUUUCCAUUCACUUUCAGAGAGCUGAAUGUGCUGAAAGAGGAAAAGUUCAGCUUGGUGGAACUUGUUCAUCACUUCUUUACUGAAACCAAAGAAGCAGGAAUCUGCAGCUUUGAAGACUUCCAGGUUGUGUUCAUCUUUGAUGGUCUGGAUGAGUGUCGACUUCCUCUGGACUUCCACAAAACUACAAUCCUAACUGACCCUAGAAAGUCCACCUCAGUGGAUGUCCUGCUGAUAAACCUCAUCAGGGGGGAACUGCUUCCCUCUGCUCGCCUCUGGAUAACCACACGACCUGCAGCAGCCAAUCAGAUCCCUCCUAAAUGUGUUGGCAUGGUGACAGAGGUCAGAGGGUUCACUGACCCACAGAAGGAGGAGUACUUCAGGAAGAGAUUCAGAGAUAAGAAGCAGACCAGCAGGAUCAUCUCCCACAUCAAGACCUCACGAAGCCUCCACAUCAUGUGCCACAUCCCAGUCUUCUGCUGGAUCACUGCUACAGUUCUGGAGGAUGUGCUGGAAACCAGAGAGGGAGGACAGCUGCCCAAGACCCUGACUGAGAUGUACAUCCACUUCCUGGUGGUUCAGGCCAAAGUGAAGAAGGUCAAGUAUGAUGGAGGAGCUGAGACAGAUCCACACUGGAGUCCAGAGAGCAGGGAGAUGAUUGAGUCUCUGGGAAACCUGGCUUUUGACCAGCUGCAGAAAGGAAACCUGAUCUUCUAUGAAUCAGACCUGACAGAGUGUGACAUCGAUAUCACAGCAGCCUCAGUGUACUCAGGAGUGUUCACACAGAUCUUUAAAGAGGAGAGAGGACUGUACCAGGACACUGUGUUCUGCUUCAUCCAUCUGAGUGUUCAGGAGUUUCUGGCUGCUCUUCAUGUCCAUCUGACCUUCAUCAACUCUGGACUCAAUCUGCUGGAAGAGGAACAAACAACCUCGAUGUUGCCUAAAUUAUUUAACAAACCAAAACUCCAAUCUCUCCAUCAGAGUGCUGUGAACAAGGCCUUACAAAGUCCAAAUGGACACCUGGACUUGUUCCUCCGCUUCCUCCUGGGUCUUUCACUGCAGACCAAUCAGACUCUCCUACGAGGCCUGCUGACACAGACAGGAAGUAGCUCACAGACCAAUCGGGAAACAGUCCAGUACAUCAAGAAGAAGCUCAAUGAGAGUCUGUCUGCAGAGAAAAGCAUCAAUCUGUUCCACUGUCUGAAUGAACUCAAUGAUCGUUCUCUAGUGGAGGAGAUCCAACAGUCCCUGAGAUCAGGAAGUCUCUCCACAGAUAAACUGUCUCCUGCUCAGUGGUCAGCUCUGGUCUUCAUCUUACUUUCCUCAGAAAAAGAUCUGGAUGUGUUUGACCUGAAGAAAUAUUCUGCUUCAGAGGAAGCUCUUCUGAGGCUGCUGCCAGUGGUCAAAGCCUCCAACAAAGCUACACUGAGUGGCUGUAACCUCUCAGAGAAAAGCUGUGAUGCUCUGUCCUCAGUUAUCAACUCCCAGUCCUCUAGUCUGAAAGAGCUGGACCUGAGUAACAACGACCUGCAUGAUUCAGGAGUGAAGCUUCUGUCUGCUGCACUGCAGAGUCCACAUUGUACACUGGAAACUCUCAGAUUGAGUGGCUGUGGUUUGUCAGAGAUCAGCUGUGAUUAUCUGGCAGCAGCGCUUAAGUCCAACCCCUCAUAUCCCAGAGUGCUGGACCUGAGUGGAGACUACAACAACCUGCAGGAUUCAGGAAUGAAGCAGCUGUGUGUUCUUCUGGAGAAUCCACGAUGUCGAUUUGAAACUCUGAGACUAAGUCACUGUGACCUGUCAGAGAGAAGCUGUGAAGCUCUGGCCUCAGUUCUCAGGUCUCAGACCUCUAAUCUGAGACAGCUGGACCUGAGUAACAAUAACCUGAAGGAUUCAGGCGUGAAGCUUCUGUCUGAAGGACUGAAGAGUCCACACUGUACACUGGAAACUCUCAGUCUGUCGGGCUGUCUGAUCGCAGAGGAAGGCUGUACUUCUCUGGCCUCAGCUCUGAGCUCCAACCCCGCCCAUCUGAGAGAGCUGGACCUGAGCUACAAUCAUCCAGGAGACUCAGGAAUGAAGCUGCUGUCGGCUGGACUGAAGGAUCCAGGCUGGAGGCUAGACACUCUCAGCCGGAACAUGACAGUAGAACGCGACCAGACAAUGGACCCAGCAACUCACAACCCCUCCGCUGAGCUCCGCGAGGAUUUGAUUUACACGGUACAGUAUCACUGUCAGGAGUGGGCAGCGCUGCCAGGUGAGGAGUAUCGGGAGACAAUAGCCAUCCGUUUACAGAGGAUGGUGUCCGGACUCCCAUGGCUAUUCGGCGCGCUACACCCCCUCAUUCAGGACUUCCUCGUCUCCACCGUACGUAUCCGCCCAGAGCUGCCUCUCCAGUAUGAAGAGUCGGAGGAUGUUCAGCCCGGUCCGCUGGAGGAUUCGCGGCCCGGCUCGUUUCCUCCCCCUUCUCGGCGAAAACGGCGUUCACGCCGCCGUCGCUCCCGUACAGCCAAGCAGGCUGCACCCGUGGGAGAGAGUGACUGUGCUUCACACACUCAGCCCAAGCCUUCUGAUCCCGGACUUCACGACUUAUGCACUACUACUGCUAACUAUAAGAUGGACAGCUUAAGAACAGCAGAGUUGCUGAAAUCAGCCUGCCAUAAGUGUCUGAUUGCUAGUGCAGUGUUCAGCACCAUUAACCUCAUUUACCCAGUGACUGUAACUGUUCCUGUGCGUCGCUCUCCACCUCCAGUUCCUGUACCCAGGGCAGCUCGGGCCCAGCUUUCCCUUGCACCUGUAUCAGUUCCUCGGGUGAGGGUGGCUGAGGUCCAGCUGGUCCCUGCUUCUGUCUCCAGCCUGGCAGAGGCUCCGUUCAUCCCGGCACCCGUACCUGCUCCUCGGGUGGGGUUGAUGGACACCCAGCCAUUGCCAGCACCUGUUCCGGUUCCCCGGGUGAGGUCAGCUGUGACCCUGCCAACUCCUGCACCUGUCUCAGUUUCUCGGGUGGGAGCAGCAGAGGUCCAGCUAUCCCCUGCACCUACACCGGCCCCCAGGGUAAAGGCAGCCAGAGCCCAGCUCGUCCCUGCACCCGUCUCUGUUCCUCGGGUGGGGAUGACUGGUGUUCGGCCAGGCCCAGUACCCGUUCCUGUUCCCCGGAGGAGAGCAGCCAAGAGUCUGAUACCUGCUCAGUCAUCCGCUCUGUUACCACCUCAGUUUCACGCACCAUUACCUGUUCAGUUAUCAGCUCAGUCAUUAUCCGCUCUGUCAUUAACUCUGUCACCAGCUCAGUUAGUAGCUCUGCAACCCGUUCAGUUACUGCCAUCCUCUGCUAGAAGCUCUUGUGAGCCCACUCAGCCAGCUGAGGACUGCGUGGUGCUGACACUUCUUGGACAGACUGUUUGCCCCGCACAGCCCCAGCCGUUGCAUCCCAAGCCGACUGUGUGCCCUGUGCAGCUACAGUUAGCGUCCACUGAGCCAGAGGUCUCCGCACCUGCUGGCUCUGCAUCUGUUCUCGCUGGGGGUUCAGGAGGACCCCUCCAGCACUUCCUCGUCUCCGCUGGCGGCUCAGGUCAGCCCGGCCAGCACUUCCUCGUCUCCGCUGGCGGCUCAGCCGCUCUUCGUCUCCGCUGGGGGUUCAGGAGAACCUCUCCAGCCGCUCUUCGUCUCCGGUGGAGGGUCCAAUUCGCCGUCGCCUGGUCCAGCCUCUGCAUCCGCCUCUGCAUCGGCUUCGCCGUCGCCUGGUCCAGCCUCUGCAUCCGCCUCUGCAUCGGCUUCGCCGUCGCCUGGUCCAGCCUCUGCAUCCGCCUCUGCAUCGGCUUCGCCGUCGCCUGGUCCAGCCUCUGCAUCCGCCCCUGCAUCGGCUCCGCCCACGCCUGGUCCAGCUCCGGCCUCUGCUUCUGCUACGCCUGGUCCAGCUCCGGCCUCUGCUUCUGCUACGCCUGGUCCAGCUCCGGCCUCUGCUCCUGCUUCUGCCAGGCCACCGCCUCGUCCACGUCCGGCUCAGCCUGCUAG